UAGUAGGUGGCAGUAAUGCUGGUGCGCCAUUAUCGGUAUCACCGGCAAAACAAGAAGAACAUCAACUCUAGUUAUCAGCUGGAAACUAUUGUAGUUACCCAGUUACCAGCGACCAAUUAGCAAUAAACACAAGUACAACAGCGAGCUAACGUGACAGUCAGGGUAUUCUGUAGGCGAUCUAGACAAUUAUGGAUGUAUUGCGACCUGUGCUCAUUAAUAUUAAUGGAAGGAUUUACAGGAAAAAUACUGUUAAAGAAGAGCAUUAUGAAGAUGAAGAGGAAGAGACUUUCUCAUACCCUACACAAGCCACUGAUGAGUGCAUGGAUGAACCUUGUGAUUCUGAUAAAAUUGAGCAGACAGACAAGGGCUUCCGGUGUGCCAUAGACAUCCCAAGUGUUCUUUACAAGUACAUAAUUGGAAAGAAAGGUGAGACACGGAAACGCCUGGAAUCAGAGACUCAAACUUCAAUCAGCAUUCCCAAACAAGGAGUCGAAGGACAGAUAGUGAUCACAGGUUCUCAAAAGGCAGCGGUUGCUUCGGCUGUAACACGCGUUGAGGUUUUGAUCGAGAGUUUUCGCAGGAAGCAGCCGUUCACCCACUUUUUGUCCUUUGCUCUGAACCAGACACAGGUUCAGGAGGGCUUUCAGCGCUUUAAAGAGAAAGUAAUCCAGCACUGUUCACAGGAUAUGGGAGUGGAUGAGAGUAUCUUUCAAAAUCCAGCUAAGCUGCACCUCACCAUCGAAACUCUUGCCCUUCUGAACGAACAAGAAGUAAUGCAAGCAUCUGAGCUUCUACAGCAGUGUCAAAGCUUUAUCAGAGACAUAACAGAAGGAAAGCCUUUGGCUCUGAAGGUAAAAGGAAUAGAGUAUAUGAAUGAUGAUCCCUCCAUGGUGGACAUCCUGUACGCCAAAGUCAACGUUCUGGAUGGCUCUGACAAGUUGCAGCAGAUAGCAGACAUGCUAGUGGAGAGUUUCGUAGCAUCAGGGCUGAUGGUGAGAGAGUGGGAGAGAGUGAAACUUCAUGCCACUGUUAUGAACACGCUGUUCAGGAAGGAUCAGUCAGUGGAUGAUAAAGCAGGUCCAAGAAGGCAGAACGUAAAAGAUCGAGAAGCUUUUGAUGCCAGAAACAUUUUGGAGAUGUUUGGGGACUUCGAUUUUGGAGAAUGUCAGCUGGAUUCAGUACAACUCUCUCAGAGAUACUCUUCAGACUGUACAGGAUACUACUCAUCUGCUGGUCAUGUGACUUUCUCUUGACCAGCCUUACCUGUGAAUACACACUCACAAGCACAAUCUAAAGAAUAAGAUAAACUCAUAGUGAGUAUUCUUUAUUACAGCGAGUGCAUUUUCCACUAUUGUGGGUAUGGAACUGCUAAAACUGCUUCAUGGACUAAUCAUUCUGGUCGUUUAUCGAGUGCAGUAGUAGCUGCAAUAAUUCAGUUAAAUACGUCAAAAACGUGACUUCACCAACCUACUGGUUACCUAUCUGACACAUCAUUAGGUUUACAGUAAAGAGUUCUGCUGUUGUGAAUAAAGGUUUAUCACAUCAAAAA